GCUGAAAGUGCCCCCCAUUUCUUAUGUGUAUUUUUGUCCGCCGGCGAUAUAGAUCACCAUUUUAGUUCAAAUCCUCCGUUUCCCGUCUCAGGGACCGAAACAGACGUUUCCACUCAUCUUUAGUCUGAUCUGCGAACUGGGUAUCUCAGGAUUCUGUAUCUUGAACAAGAAGUAAGUUCAGAUUUUCCAUAUUCAGGGUUAGUUUGUUUCAGAUUAGGGUCUUUUGAUUUUGGUUUUUGGGUGCUUGAGAAAGAGGAAAGGAAAUGGACAAGUUGAGAUUUGCUGAGUGGAGUGAGAGAUUGAAGACGGGUGGGGCUCAAGUGGGUCGAAUCGUGAGUGGGAAAAUGAAGGAAAUUCUGCAGAGCCCGACCCCCGAAUCGAAGAUGGUGGAUGAGGCGACAUCAGAAAACAUGGAAGAGCCCAACUGGGGCAUGAAUUUAAGGAUAUGUGCGAUGAUUAACAGCGAGGAGUUUAGUGGGUCUGAAGUUGUGAAGGCAAUAAAGAAGAAAUUUUCCAGUAAGAGUGGGGUGAGCCAAAGGUUGAGUCUUGAUUUGUUGGAAGCGUGUACGAUGAAUUGCGAGAAGGUGUUCUCGGAGGUGGCGUCGGAGAAAGUGUUGGACGACAUGGUUAAGAUGAUCGAGAAUCCGCAAACAGAUGAUGAUAAUAGAGCAAGGGCUCUGCAGUUGAUUCGAGCUUGGGGGCAGUCUGAGGAUCUUGCAUAUCUGCCUGUUUUUCACCAGACAUACAUGAGUCUGAAAGGAAGGAGUAAGCAUUCACCAGUAGAGAAUGAGAGUUCACCUCCUUCGCCCCAGCCAUGCUCUUAUGUUCAUCAGCAGUCUUCUGAAAGUUAUCCUGUUCCUCAUACAGGAGUAAAUGGUUCAGAUCAUGGUACCUUUGUCUUUAAUUUUGGAAGUCUAUCAAUUGAACAGAAGAAGGAAUUUUUUGAAAUAACUAGAAACAGUCUUGAAGUGCUCUCUAGCAUGUUAAAUGUUGAAAUGGAGCCAAAACCCAUGCAGGAUGAUCUGACGCUGAGCAUGCUGGAGAAGUGUAAGCACUCUCAGACGGUCAUUCAGACAAUCAUAGAAAGCAUCACUGAUGAUGAAGGAAUUCUCUUCGAGGCACUGAAUCUCCAUGAUGAGCUUCAACGAGUCAUCACCAGAUAUGAAGAACUAGAAGCUGGUUCAAAGUCUGAAGGACAACUGACCAAAAACUCUGGUAUUGUUGAGGCCAGUGUGACUUCUCAGGUUGACACUCCUAAUUCAUCCUCAAAGGUCGAGGCUAGUUGUGAAACCAAGAAAGAUGAACCUCAGAAUACUGAUGGUACUCAUAAUGCAUCCUCAAAGGAUGAGAUCUAUAGUGAAACUGAAACCAAGAUCAGUGAAGCCCCGAACACAGAUGUUCCCGAAUCUGGAAAUCAUAGAAGCAGCAACAAGGAGGAGGAGCAAUCAUAGAAGAAGCACUGCAUGACAGCUUUGGCCGUAUGGAACCACGCUCUAGGACUGGUGGGUUGAAUGAUGUUAUGUGUUUAGGUCUUGUUAAUGUCUUUACCAAGGGCAAUAUCAACCCGUUUUAACUCCUUGCACUGACAGUCUGUAGUUCAUUUUAUGCACUCAUGUAUUUUCUUCUUAAUUUUAGUUGAAAUGUUAAUAAUACUAGGCUUCUUGUAAUUUUG